UUAGGGGGUAAUAAUAAUCCUCAAUUACUCGUCGAGGAAAUUGGACCCAAAGAAAGAAUCUUGCAAUGGGCAGUAAAUUCCAUUGUUAAUUACUUCUUGAAAAUUAUGGAUUGGUUACCAUUUCUCUGGAUAAUUUUCACACUCCUUAACCUCACUCUAUUGGGAUUAAAUUUUUAUGAGUUCUUAGGGUUCUCAGAUUUGGAGGCUGACUAUUUGAAUCCCUAUGAAUUAUCAUCUCGUAUCAACUACGUGAUUGUGCCCGAGUAUUUGUUGCAUGGCGCGUUGUGCGUUCUCUUUCUCAUGACGGGGCAUUGGAUCAUGUUCUUGCUCUCGCUGCCUACUGCAUACUAUAAUCUCAAGCAGUACCUAUCAAACAAACAUCUUGUCGAUGUCACUGAAGUCUUCAAAGUAGUGAAUACUGAGAAAAAAGCCCGUCUUAUAAAGCUGGCAUUUUAUGUCAUCUUCUUUGGUCUGGUCAUCACAAGGCUUGCGUUGUCAAUUGUGCACGCUGUAUUUGCUGACGAUGAUGAUGUUGUGGCUUGGUCGACUAUAUAUUGAACUUUUGUAAGCGUCUCGUGGCUUCUUUUUGGGUGGUGAUGGUGUGACGUGGUCGACACUGAGACGAACGCCGGUUGCAAACCUAGUCUCCCCAAAUUAAUGUACAUGUUUAGCCCUUUCUCAUCUCUCUCUCACCAUAGAUUAGGGCAAGAACUGAUUUUUGAUCUCUUCAAUGGUUAUUAAAAUUGUUGGUCAUGCCUUGUAAAUUUGAUUGAAUAUUAAUUGUGUUUUUUGGUGUU